GUUCAGGCUGAGGUGUUUUGAUGAUUAGAAUUCAAGCUCCAAGGAGAAGGGCCCAAGGCCAAGGGUAUUGGAUAUAACAGAAGGUGGAAGCUGUACCUGACAUCCUGAGAAUGUGGACCGGAUAUAAGAUCCUGAUCUUAUCUUACUUUACUACAGAAAUUUGGAUGGAGAGGCAGUAUUUCUCUCAAAGAGAAGUUGACCUAGGAGCUUAUUUCGCUAGGAAUCACACCAUUUUGGAAGGUACUCGAUUCAAAAGAGCCAUUUUCCAAGGGCAAUACUGUAGAAAUUUUGGUUGUUGUGAAGACAGAGAUGAUGACUGUGUCACUCAGUUCUAUGAGGCGAAUGCAUUGUGUUACUGUGAUAAAUUCUGUGAAAGGGAAAAUUCUGAUUGCUGUCCUGAUUACAAAUCCUUUUGCCGUGAAGAGAAAGAAUGGCCUGCUCACACACAGCCUUGGUAUCCAGAAGGUUGCUUCAGAGAUGGUCAUCAUUAUGAUGAAGGAUCAGUAAUUAAAGAAAACUGCAACUCCUGCACAUGCUCAGGACAGCAAUGGAAAUGUUCCCAGCAUGUAUGCCUUGUUCGCCCAGAAUUAAUUGAAAGCAUCAAUAAAGGAGACUAUGGAUGGACAGCACAGAACUACAGCCAAUUCUGGGGAAUGACUUUAGAAGAUGGUUUCAAAUUUCGCUUGGGCACCUUGCCACCUAGCCCUACGCUUCUGAGCAUGAAUGAAAUGACAGCUUCUUUACCUGCGACAACUGAUCUUCCAGAGUUUUUUGUUGCUUCUUAUAAGUGGCCUGGUUGGACUCAUGGUCCGUUGGAUCAAAAAAAUUGUGCUGCAUCCUGGGCAUUUUCCACUGAAACUGAGAUAAUGAAAGAAAUCAUGCAAAAUGGACCAGUUCAAGCCAUAAUGCACGUCCAUGAGGAUUUCUUCCACUAUAAGACAGGGAUAUAUAGACAUGUUACCAGCACAAAUGAAGAAAACUAUCAAAAGCUUCGGACACAUGCCGUCAAACUUGUUGG